AUGGAAAAAAACAAAGAUGAAUUGAACAAAUGUUUAGAAAAGAUAACUUUUGAAAUUUUUGACACAAUCAAUAAAAUUUUUGAAAAGAGAAAUAGUUUGGAUUCUUCAAUGAAGAGUGGAUUCUUGAAUAUCUCAAAAGCUAGAUACUCAAUGGGUGUCAAUUCAGUUUCAUCUUUGAUGUACAAUCUCAAGGAAGACACAACAGCGAAGUAUAAAAUAACUAUAGAAGAAAAUGAAAAUGAUGAGAAUUCGGUGGAAUUAUAUAAAUUCAAUAUUUGUGAUUCCUUAGAUGAUUCAUUAUGCACAGCUUUCAGCAAAUUAGAUUUAGAAGAUAGUGAACUGAGACAACGAAAGAUUAUAGAUCCUAAAGAUAAAAUUGAUGAUUUCAAUAAAGAAAAUAUUCUAGUAUGUAGUGAAGAGUUGAAUAUUCAACCGGCAAAAAAGCUUGUUUCUAUGAACGAUCCAUUAAUUUGGUUUGGAGUGCUAGUACCACAGAAUUUAAAACAAUCUCAAAAGUUUUUUGAAAAUGCUGUGAAAGACGUAUCUGAAUUAGCUGAAUUACAAACACGUUUAAGUCAUCUGCAAAAAACUUACAAGUCAAAACUUGCAGAAAAAUCUCUUUAA